AGACGCACAAUGUGAGGAGAAAUCCAUUCCAAUCAUGUUUAUGGUGUAAUAACUGAAGCAGGACAAAGAAAAUCUGUAGUCCGGCUGUACGUAAGAGGGCAACAGAGCAACUUUUGACAAUUCAUACUAUUUUUUGCAACGUUUUCUCUGUUUUGACAAUACCUUGAUUGAACUUUUAAGAAAUAGACCAACUACAGUGACAACUUUUCAGACUCACUGGUAAAGCAACAACAACAACUUGAGGCUUGAGUGGAGGACAAACUUUUUCUUCCAGCUUUGACCUCAGGUAGCGUAGUAAACUUUGGAAUAUUCUGAGUGUAACUGUUUUUUUGGAACUUAUUGAACAACUAGACAGUUUUGUUUGGAAUAACAGCCUCCCUCCACCAUGAGUGCAGACAACUCCACCCUGUUGGAGACAGUUUUCUACGGCCAUCCACCAUGUGAUGGCUGGACCAACAACACAGAGGGAGCCUUCUACCACCUGGGCAACACCGUCUUGUUCCUGGGGUACAUGGGGGGCAGCAGCGCCUACGGCUCCCUGUUCAUCUUUGGUUUCAUGACGCCUGCCUUCACCUGCCUGGCCCUGUGGGGCUGGAUGACCAUGUGUGGGGUGGACGUGUUCACCUGGAACCUGCUGCUGCUGGUGGCCUGCGUGUUCCAGAUUUGCCACCUCAUAUACAGGCUGCAACAGGAUGGCUUGGCCAACGAGGAGCUGUCGGCCCUCUACUCAGCCAUCUACCUGCCCCUGGACGUGCCCGUACAGGUGUUCAAAGACAUUGUGGGGGCCUGUGAGAACAAGGUGCUGGCCCUAAGAGUAGAGGAGACGUAUGCAGUGGAGGGCAAGACGCCCAUCAACCAGCUAUCCUUUCUGCUGUCAGGGAGGAUCCGUGUGUCUCUAGAAGGACAGUUCCUCCAUUACAUCUUCCCACUCCAGUUCCUGGACUCUCCUGAGUGGGAGUCUCUCAGACCCAAUGAAGAGGGGAACUUUCAGGUGACCCUGACGGCGGAGACGGACUGCCGCUACAUCUCGUGGCGCCGGCGCCGCCUUUACAUGCUGCUGUCCAAGGAUCGCUACAUCACCCGCCUCUUCUCCGUCAUGCUGGGCAGCGACAUUGCCAACAAGCUCUACUCACUCAAUGAUAAGCUCUUCGCCAAGAGUGGUGUGCGCCUCGACAUCCGCCUGCCCAGUCUCUACCAUGUCCUGGCCCCCUCACCCCCGGGCAGCGAGGGUGAGGUCUGUAGCGGCAGUGGUAGUGCAAGGGACCGGGUAGACCCAGUGGAGCAGCAGGAGGCAGCAGUGGUGGAUGUGGACCCGGUGCCAGCCUACCAGAAGUCAGAGCCUCCAACACCCCCGACCCCACGGCUGCAGAUCCAAGAAAAGUCCCCCAACCCAUCAACUGCAAGCCCCCGCCAACCCCAGGGCCCACACCCCCAGCGCCAGCCCUGGCCCUCAGACAUGGAGAUGCUCUCUGGUGAGGACUCCACCAGCCUGGUCCUGGAGGACUUCGCUGAUAUGACCGGGUCCUUAAUGGAUUAUGGGAGUGAGAGGGAUUAUUUGAGGUAGAGGGCAGGGUGCUGGAGCUAACACACUGGGCCACUACUUAAGCUACAUGAGGGGAAACCGCUGGGACUCUACCAAUGCGAUACCAGAGAGGAAGAGCUCCUCUGGCUCCCACUGACACCCCUAAGCUGUGAUAGUUUUACCAAAAGUGCAAACAGUUCCAGGUUGUCUUUAUUACAGUCAUGCUGUGCAGCUUAUAACACUAUCACAGAAUGUUUAUGCAUAUCUAUAGCAUUUUCCUGAGAAGACCAGUGGAACUGCAGGAAAGACAACCUGGGAUAUAACUAUCACCACUGUCCUGGGUGGAGUCAGGCCCACCCAACACCACAUCCCAGUCUCUCACCUAACAUUAUCUCACUCCUGCAAUGUCAUCUGUGCAUGACAAUAAAGGAGAGAGUGAGACUCUGGACACUGAACAUAAUUAUGUUAUAAACUGAAUUUAUUAGUUAAUGUCACAGAAAAGAAUGGUAUUCUCUUUUUAUUAUGCCACACA